AUGUGUAAACCAACAAUCAAAAUGCUGAAAUGUAAAGUUUUUUGUUUAACCCUUUGUGUGGCGUCAGGGAUUCUCUUGGUAAGUCUAGAAAACUCUAAUUUCAUCCAUCAUAUCCGAUGAACCACUUAAUAGAAGUCUCAUCAAAUGUACUAGUUUCUUCAAAAGUGUAUAUAUUUUUAUUUCUGUUAAUUGAUUUGGGAAAGGUUGCUGUAGGCUGGAGGGACAUAGAAGCUGCUGUUAUGUUGACGUGUUUUUUAAGUUUCACCAAAACAUUUGGUCUCAAAAAGCAUACACAUGCUACACAAUGUUAUUUUGACACAUUACAUCAUUUAUUUUCAGUGUGUAACCGCCGCCGAGGACCAGAAAUGUAGCAUAAACGUGGCUGAGGCCAACUGCAGUAUGGAAUCUAUAACAUUAAGACUGACUACGGCGGGACAGGAGUGUAACUUCACUGUGUUAUCUGUGGAUAGUAGCUCUGGAGGAACACACUGUGUGAAAGAGGUGGAGGAAGACGGUAUGUUUCAAUGCCAGGUAGUGAGUUUGGAACCGGGAACAUCAUACAUCCUGGAAAUAAUGUCAAUGACAGAUGAAGAACGGGCCAAUGUCACCCUGCAGACCAGUAAGUAGGGGUUUUGUUGGGGGUAAUAUGUUGGGGAAAUAGAUCAUAGGUAUUUUUCUUGAUUUGUAUAUUUCGGAAAGUAUUCAGACCGUUUGACUUCUUCCACAUUUUGUUACGUUACAGCCUUAUUCUAAAAUGGAUUAAAUAGAUACAAAUCCUCAGCAAUCUACACACAAUACCCCAUAAUGACAAAGUGAAAACAGGUUUUUAGAAAUGUUUGCACAUUUAUUAAAAUAAAAAAACAUAAAUACCUUAUUUACAUAUGUAUUCAGACCCUUUGCUAUGAGACUCGAAACUGAGUUCAGGUGCAUCCUGUUUCCAUUGAUCAUUCUUGAGAUGUUUCUACAACUUGAUUGGAGUUCACCUGUGGUUAAUUCAGUUGAUUGGAUAUGAUUUGGAAAGGCACACACCUGUCUCUAUAAGGUCCCACAGUUGACAGUGCAUGUCAGAGCAAAAACCAAGCCAUGUGGUCGAUGGAAUUGUCCGUAGAGCUCCGAGACAGGAUUGUGUCGAGGCACAGAUCUGGGGAAGGGUACCAAAACAUUUCUGCAGCAUUAAAGGUCCACAAGAACACAGUGGCCUCCAUCAUUCUUAAAUGGAAGAAGUUUGGAACCACAAAGACUCUUCCUAGAACUGGCCGCCCAGCCAAACUGAGCAAUCGGGUGAGAAGGGCCUUGGUCAGGGAGGUGACCAAGAACCCGAUGGUCACUCUGACAGAGCUCUAGAGUUCCUCUGUGGAGAUGGGAGAACCUUCCAGAAGGACAACCAUCUCUGCAGCACUCCACCAAUCAGGCCUUUAUGGUAGAGUGGCCAGACAGAAGCCUCAGUAAAAGACACAUGACAGCCCACUUGGAGUUUGCAAAAAGGUACCUAAAGGACUGUCAGACCAUGAGAAACAAGAUUCUCUGGUCUGAUGAAACCAAGAUUGAACUCUUUGGCCUUAAUGCCAAGCGUUACGUCUGGAGGAAACCUGGCACCGUCCCUACGGUGAAGCAUGGUGGUGGCAGCAUCAUGCUGUGGGAAUGUUUUUCGGCGGCAGGGACUGGGAGACUAGCCAGAAUCGAGGGAAAGAUUAACGGAGCAAAGUACAGAGAGAUCCUUGAUGAAAACCUGCUCCAGAGCACUCAGGACCUCCGACUAGGGCGAAGUUUCACCUUCCAACAGGACAACGACCCUAAGCACACAGCCAAGACAAUGCAGGGGUUGCUUCAGGACAAGUCUCUGAAUGUCCAUGAGUGACCCAGCCAGAGCCCGGACUUGAACCUGAUCUAACAUCUCUGGAGAGACCUGAAAAUAGCUGUGCAGCAAUGUUCCCCAUCCAACCUGAGAGAGCUUGAGAGGAUCUGCAGAGAAGAAUGGGAGAAACUCCCCAAAUACAGGUGUGCCCAGCUUGUAGCGUCAUACACAAGAAGACUCGAUGCUGUAAUUGCUGCCAAAGGUGCUUCAACAAAGUACUGAGUAAAGGGUCUGAAUACUUAUGUAAAUGUGAUAUUUCAGUUUCCUAUUUUUUUAUAAAUUAGCAAACAUUUCUAAAAACCUGUUUUUGCUUUGUCAUUAUGGCGUAUUGUGUGUAGAUUGAUGAGGGGGAAAAACAAUUUAAUCAAUUUUAGAAUAAGGCUGUAACGUAACAAAAUGUGGAAAAAGUCAAGGGGUCUGAAUAGUCCUCCUGAGUGGCGCAGUGGUCGAAGGCACUGCAUCACAGUGCUAGCUGUGCCACUAGAGAUCCUGGUUCAAAUCCAGGCUCUGUCGUAGCUGGCCGCGACCGGGAGACCCAUGGGGCAGCGCACAAUUGGCCCAGCGUCGUCCAGGGUAGGGGAGGGAAUGGCCGGCAGGGAUGUGGUCCUCUGUAGCUCAGCUGGUAGAGCACGGCGCUUGUAACGCCAGGGUAGUGGGUUCGAUCCCCGGGACCACCCAUACACAAAAAUGUAUGCACGCAUGACUGUAAGUCGCUUUGGAUAAAAGCGUCUGCUAAGUGGCAUAUUAUAAUAUUAUUAUGUAGCUCAGUUGGUAGAGCAUGGCAUUUGCAACGCCAGGGUUGUGGGUUCGAUUCCAGUAUAAAAAAUAACAAUGUAUGCACUCACUAACUGUAAGUCGCUCUGGAUAAGAGCGUCUGCUAAAUGACUAAAAUGUAAAUGUAAUACUUUCCGAAGGCGCUGUAUAAUAAUAUGAUUUGUGUACAGGAAAUGUGUAGUUUAGUCAGUGUUUCAUAACCACUCUUUAUCGUUGAUAUUUAUGGAGUAAUGCAUUUAUAAUGUCUUAAAUCCACGUCGUUAGCUUCUCUGACUGUGUUCUUAUGGUUGCCACGUUUAAUUGACUCUACUCUUGGAUACAUAGUGUAGUCUGUGAUGCUGGCCCCAGCAUUAAUGUUCCUAUUCUACUAUGAGUUGCAACAGGCUUUUCCACUUGUCUCCUAGGAUGGAGAGAGCUCUCUGUUGCCUGUCAUCACAUCAUACAUACAGUGUAUUUUUGUUCAUUUCAUCUGGUUUUCCCUUGGCUUCACUGAUAUGACCACAGGAACUGGAACCCUGCUGAGAGAGAGUGAUAAACCAGUAAAAGUGUGUGGUGUGUGUGUGUGUGUGUGUGUGUGUGUGUGUGUGUGUGUGUGUGUGUGUGUGUGUCGUGUGUGUGUGUGUGGGUGGGUGCAAGCGUGUGUCCGCGCAUGGCUCUACAGAUGUAGGAUCUUAAUUUGAUCCCUCUUUUGUUGCUGUGAAUUUUCCUGGAAAUGCAAACUUGUAGUGUAUUUGAGGUUUAAAAAAGCUUUUAAAGUUUGCAAUUUCCACUUUGAAAUGUCAUACUUGAUUUGCCCUAACGUAACGUAAAAACUAAAAAAUGUAUCAACCCUAAUAAAAAUGUUCAUUAUAUAUAAUCCACAUAACAAUUCACAUUUCCUAUUGCUGCAGGAUUAUUUUCCUGCUGUAGAAAACUGACUCAAAUGAAGAUCCAACAUCUGUAUGCGUGAACACACACUUGGCAGGGGCCCAGAACAGAAGUGUCUGACCUUAAGUGUGUAUUUCCAGACUCUCUCUCUCUCUCUCUCUCUCUCUCUCUCUCUCUCUCUCUCUCUCUCUCUCUCUCUCUCUCUCUCUCUCUCUCUCUCUCUCUCUCUCUCUCUCUCCCUCUUUCUGUCUCUCUCUCUUGCUCUCUCUCUCUCGCUCUCUCUGUCUCUCUCUCUCUGUGUCUCUCUCUCUCUCUCUCUUUUCUCUCUCUCUCUCUCUCCCUCUCUCUCUCCCUCACCCCAGCUAUUUCCUGACUCCAUUGUUCCUUUGUACUAACGGAUACAGGGAGUCCAGGGGGUGGAGGGGACGGGUGGCGGGCUGGACACUGUGUUUGGUUCACAGGGCCUGGGCUGAUUAGGGUGCAUGGCACUGCUCUCGACCUUCUCAGCACGCUGUGUCCCCUUUAACAGACUCUGGUCAUACAUCAUACUAAGACCUUUAACAGACUCUGGUCAUACAUCAUACUAAGACCUUUAACAGACUCUGGUCAUACAUCAUACUAAGACCUUUAACAGACUCUGGUCAUACAUCAUACUAAGACCUUUAACAGACUCUGAUCAUACAUCAUACUAAACACCACUCCUGUCUGGGCACACUGCCCUCCAUCAGUUGGAAUAUCACUUCUUAUCUAGAGCUAUUUUUAACACAGAAUAGAAGUGGCAUUUAGACAAUCCAUGGCUAGAGUUAUCAUACUAACAUUUAAACUAAUUGGAAGGAAAUAAAAAAUGAUUUGGAACGGGACCUAUUCUCAUCCUUGUCAUUCCAAUGUGACUGUAGACAUUAGUUAACCCACCACUGUACCCACCCAGAGGGGCGCCUGCCUGCCUGCCUGGGAUAGGGAGUCAGGGCUCGCCCCCUGCCCCCUGCCCCCCUGCCCAUCUAAAAGGUCCCCUUUAUCUCCACGUUCCCAUCGUCCCCUCCCAGCGGGGCCCGGGGCCGGACCGGGGCUGAAGCCGUGGCCAGAGAACUUUAAACAGCUCUGAAACAAUCAUAUCUCCUUCCGCCAUCUCCACCACGCACCCCUCUGCUGGGCUGUUCUCAGAGUCUCUCUACUGGUCUGUUCUCAGAGCCUCUCUACUGGUCUGUUCUCAGAGCCUCUCUACUGGUCUGUUCUCAGAGUCUCUCUACUGGUCUGUUCUCAGAGUCUCUCUACUGGUCUGUUCUCAGAGUCUCUCUACUGGUCUGUUCUCAGAGUCUCUCUACUGGUCUGUCCUCAGAGUCUCUCUACUGGUCUGUUCUCAGAGCCUCUCUACUGGUCUGUUCUCAGAGUCUCUCUACUGGUCUGUUCUCAGAGUCUCUCUACUGGUCUGUUCUCAGAGCCUCUCUACUGGUCUGUUCUCAGAGUCUCUCUGCUGGUCUGUUCUCAGAGUCUCUCUACUGGUCUGUUCUCAGAGUCUCUCUACUUGUCUGUUCUCAGAGUCUCUCUACUGGUCUGUUCUCAGAGUCUCUCUACUGGUCUGUUCUCAGAGCCUCAGCCUCUCUACUGGUCUGUUCUCAGAGCCUCUCUACUGGUCUGUUCUCAGAGCCUCAGCCUCUCUACUGGUCUGUUCUCAGAGUCUCUCUACUGGUCUGUUCUCAGAGUCUCUCUACUGGUCUGUUCUCAGAGUCUCUCUACUGGUCUGUUCUCAGAGUCUCUCUACUGGUCUGUUCUCAGAGUCUCUCUACUGGUCUGUCCUCAGAGUCUCUCUACUGGUCUGUUCUCAGCCUCUCUACUGGUCUGUUCUCAGAGUCUCUCUACUGGUCUGUUCUCAGAGUCUCUCUACUGGUCUGUUCUCAGAGUCUCUCUACUGGUCUGUUCUCAGAGUCUCUCUACUGGUCUGUUCUCAGAGUCUCUCUACUGGUCUGUUCUCAGAGUCUCUAAACUGGUCUGUUCGCAGAGUCUCUCUACUGGUCUGUUCUCAGAGCCUCUCUACUGGUCUGUUCUCAGAGUCUCUCUACUGGUCUGUUCUCUGAGUCUCUCUACUGGUCUGUUCUCUGAGUCUCUCUACUGGUCUGUUCUCAGAGCCUCAGCCUCUCUACUGGUCUGUUCUCAUAGCCUCUCUACUGGUCUGUUCUCAGAGUCUCUCUACUGGUCUGUUCUCAGAGCCUCUCUGCUGGUCUGUUCUCAGAGUCUCUCUACUGGUCUGUUCUCAGAGCCUCUCUACUGGUCUGUCCUCAGAGUCUCUCUACUGGUCUGUUCUCAGAGUCUCUCUACUGGUCAGUUCUCAGAGUCUCUCUACUGGUCUGUUCUCAGAGUCUCUCUACUGGUCUGUUCUCAGAGUCUCUCUACUGGUCUGUUCUCAGAGUCUCUCUACUGGUCUGUUCUCAGAGUCUCUCUACUGGUCUGUUCUCAGAGUCUCUCUACUGGUCUGUUCUCAGAGCCUCUCUACUGGUCUGUUCUCAGAGUCUCUCUACUGGUCUGUUCUCAGAGUCUCUCUACUGGUCUGUUCUCAGAGUCUCUCUACUGGUCUGUUCUCAGAGCCUCUCUACUGGUCUGUUCUCAGAGUCUCUCUACUGGUCUGUUCUCAGAGCCUCUCUACUGGUCUGUUCUCAGAGUCUCUCUACUGGUCUGUUCUCAGAGUCUCUCUGCUGGUCUGUUCUCAGAGCUUCUCUACUGGUCUGUUCUCAGAGUCUUUCUACUGGUCUGUUCUCAGAGUCUCUCUGCUGGUCUGUUCUCAGAGUCUCUUUACUGGUCUGUUCUCAGAGUCUCUUUACUGGUCUGUUCUCAGAGUCUCUCUACUGGUAUGUUCUCAGAGUCUCUCUGCUGGUCUGUUCUCAGAGCUUCUCUACUGGUCUGUUCUCAGAGUCUUUCUACUGUUCUGUUCUCAGAGUCUCUCUGCUGGUCUGUUCUCAGAGUCUCUUUACUGGUCUGUUCUCAGAGUCUCUUUACUGGUCUGUUCUCAGAGUCUCUCUACUGGUCUGUUCUCAGAGUCUCUCUACUGGUCUGUUCUCAGAGUCUCUCUGCUGGUCUGUUCUCAGAGUCUCUUUACUGGUCUGUUCUCAGAGUCUCUCUACUGGUCUGUUCUCAGAGUCUCUCUACCGGUCUGUUUUCAGAGUCUUUCUACUGGUCUAUUCUCCAAAUCUAUCUACUGGUCUGUUCUCAGAGCUUCUCUACUGGUUUGUUCUCCGAGUCUCUCUAGUGGUCUGUUCUCAGAGCCUCUCUACUGGUCUGUUCUCAGAGAAUAUAAACCUGUAGUUCUAUGAAGUUCUGUGUUGUUCUGUUUUUGUUCUGACAUUUUAUAACAGCGCCAGUCAUUCCUCUCAGAGAGUAGAGACCUGUAGCUCUAUGUAGUUUCAGUGAAGAUCUGCCUGCCAUCACUCCACUCCUAAUGAAACAUUCAUCAGCAUUAUUCAUCAGUCAUUCCCCUAACCAGUCAUUCCCUGACCAGUCAUUCCCCUGACCCUUCAUUCCCCUGACCAGUCAUUCCCCUGACCCUUCAUUCCCCUGACCAGUCAUUCCCCUGACCAGUCAUUCCCCUGACCCUUCAUUCCCCUGACCAGUCAUUCCCCUGACCAGUCAUUCCCCUGACCAGUCAUUCCCCUGACCCUUCAGUCCCCUGACCAGUUAUUCCCCUGACCCUUCAUUCCCCUGACCAGUCAUUCCCAUGUCCAGUCAUUCCCCUGACCAGUCAUUCCCCUGACCAGUCAUUCCCCUGACCCUUCAUUCCCCUGACCCUUCAUUCCCCUGACCCUUCAUUCCCCUGACCCUUCAUUCCCCUGACCCUUCAUUCCCCUGACCUGUCAUUCCCCUGACCAGUCAUUCCCCUGACCCAUUCAUUCCCCUGACCCUUCAUUCCCCUGACCAGUCAUUCCCCUGACCAGUCAUUCCCCUGACCAGUCAUUCCCCUGACCCGUCAUUCCCCUGACCCUUCAUUCCCCUGACCAGUCAUUCCCCUGACCAGUCAUUCCCCUGACCAGUCAUUCCCCUGACCUGUCAUUCCCCUGACCUGUCAUUCCCCUGACCCUUCAUUCCCCUGACCAGUCAUUCCCCUGACCAGUCAUUCCCCUGACCAGUCAUUCCCCUGACCUGUCAUUCCCCUGACCCUUCAUUCCCCUGACCCUUCAUUCCCCUGACCCUUCAUUCCCCUGACCAGUCAUUCCCCUGACCAGUCAUUCCCCUGACCAGUCAUUCCCCUGACCAGUCAUUCCCCUGACCAGUCAUUCCUCUGACCUGUCAUUCCCCUGACCAGUCAUUCCCCUGACGCGUCAUUCCCCUGACCAGUCAUUCCCCUGACGCGUCAUUCCCCUGACGCGUCAUUCCCCUGACCUGUCAUUCCCCUGACGAGUCAUUCCCCUGACCCUUCAUUCCCCUGACCCUUCAUUCCCCUGACCAGUCAUUCCCCUGACCCUUCAUUCCCCUGACCAGUCAUUCCCCUGACCAGUCAUUCCCCUGACCAGUCCUUCCCCUGACCAGUCAUUCCCCUGACCUGUCAUUCUCCUGACCAGUCAUUCCCCUGACCCUUCAUUCCCCUGACCAGUCAUUCCCCUGACCCUUCAUUCCCCUGACCAGUCAUUCCCCUGACCAGUCAUUCCCCUGACCAGUCAUUCCCCUGACCAGUCAUUCCCCUGACCUGUCAUUCCCCUGACCCUUCAUUCCCCUGACCUGUCAUUCCCCUGACCUGUCAUUCCCCUGACCCUUCAUUCCCCUGACCAGUCAUUCCCCUGACCUGUCAUUCCCCUGACCCUUCAUUCCCCUGACCUGUCAUUCCCCUGACCAGUCAUUCCCCUGACCAGUCAUUCCCCUGACCAGUCAUUCCCCUGACCAGUCCUUCCCCUGACCAGUCAUUCCCCUGACCUGUCAUUCCCUUGACCCUUCAUUCCAUUGACCCUUCAUUCCCCUGACCAGUCAUUCCAUUGACCCUUCAUUCCCCUGACCAGUCAUUCCCCUGACCAGUCAUUCCAUUGACCCUUCAUUCCCCUGACCAGUCAUUCCCCUGACCUGUCAUUCCCCUGACCCUUCAUUCCCCUGACCAGUCAUUCCCCUGACCAGUCAUUCCCCUGACCAGUCAUUCCCCUGACCCUUCAUUCCCCUGACCAGUCAUUCCCCUGACCAGUCAUUCCCCUGACCCUUCAUUCCCCUGACCUGUCAUUCCCCUGACCAGUCAUUCCCCUGACCCUUCAUUCCCCUGACCAGUCAUUCCCCUGACCAGUCAUUCCCCUGACCCUUCAUUCCCCUGACCCUUCAUUCCUUUGACCAGUCAUUCCCCUGACCCUUCAUUCCCCUGACCCUUCAUUCCCCUGACCAGUCAUUCCCCUGACCCUUCAUUCCCCUGACCCUUCAUUCCCCUGACCCUUCAUUCCCCUGACCCUUCAUUCCCCUGACCAGUCAUUCCCCUGACCUGUCAUUCCCCUGACCAGUCAUUCCCCUGACCAGUCAUUCCCCUGACCAGUCAUUCCCCUGACCCUUCAUUCCCCUGACCCUUCAUUCCCCUGACCAGUCAUUCCCCUGACCCUUCAUUCCCCUGACCCUUCAUUCCCCUGACCAGUCAUUCCCCUGACCUGUCAUUCCCCUGACCAGUCAUUCCCCUGACCCUUCAUUCCCCUGACCCUUCAUUCACCUGACCAGUCAUUCCCCUGACCCUUCAUUCCCCUGACCAGUCAUUCCCCUGACCCUUCAUUCCCCUGACCCUUCAUUCCCCUGACCCUUCAUUCCCCUGACCAGUCAUUCCCCUGACAAGUCAUUCCCCUGACCAGUCAUUCCCCUGACCAUUCAUUCCCCUGACCCUUCAUUCCCCUGACCAGUCAUUCCCCUGACCAUCAUUCCCUGACCUUCAUUCCCUGACCCUUCAUUCCCCUGACCCUUCAUUCCCCUGACCAGUCAUUCCCCUGACCCUUCAUUCCCCUACAGCAUUUCCCCUACCAGUCUUCCCCUGACCCUUCAUUCCCCUGACCCCGUCAUUCCCCUGACCCUCAUUCCCCUGACCAGUCAAUUCCCCUGACCAGUCAUUCCCCUGACCCUUCAUUCCCCCGACCAGUCAUUCCCCUGACCCUCAUUCCUACCUUCAUCCCUGACCCUUCAUUCCCCCGACCAGUCUUCCCCUGACCCUUUAUUCCCCCCGACCAGUCAUUCCCUGACCCCGUCAUUCCCCUGACCAUCAUUCCCUACCCUUCAUUCCCCUGACCCUUUAUUCCCCCGACCCAUUCAUUCCCCUGACCAUCUUUCCCUGACCCUUUCAUUCCCUGACCAGUCAUUCCCUGACCCUUCAUUCCCCUGACCAUCAUCCCCUGACCUUCAUUCCCCUGACCCUUCAUUCCCCUGACCUGUCAUUCCCUGACAGUCAUCCCCUGACCCUUCAUUCCCUGACCAGUCAUUUCCCCUGACCAGUCAUUCCCCUGACCAUUCCCUGUCAUUCCCUGACCUCAUCCCCUACCUCAUUCCCCUGACCUUCAUUCCCCUACCAGAUUCCCCCCAGUCAUUCCGUCACCUGACCAUCUUCCCCUGACCCAUUGUCAUUCCCCUGACAGUCAUUCCCCUGACCCUCAUUCCCCUGACCAGUCAUUCCCCUGACCCUUCAUUCCCCUGACCAGUUAUUCCCCUGUCCUACUUCAUAGUUCUCUGUGUAGUUCUGCGUAGCACCCCUUCUCUGGUGAUGAUAUUUUCUAACACCUCUUAUUUAUCUAACUGGUCUGUUAUGUUGCCAUUGUUAUGACAGUGAUCCAACCCUGACAUAGUGACUGCUUUUGGAUCAGAUUUUGAAAUAUGGUUGAAGAACUUGUUUGCUUGAAUAUCAAAACAUUUACCUGUGCUUUAUAAGUGAAUUCCCAACAUGACUUUUGUUUAAACUUAGCUUGAUGUAUGGCAUCUUCUUUCAGUCACUGACAGCCCGUUCUAUCUCUCAGGUCCAUCGACGGUCAGCGGCCUACAGGUGUCUAAGACCUCAGACAGCCUGGGAGUUUCCUGGCAGCCUGGCCCGGGGAGGACUGAGCGCUUUAGGCUACUGCUGUUCGACCGAGUGGGUGUGGUGAGGAACCUGACUCUGGAGAGCACCGCUACAGACUACACUGUCACCGACCUGGUCCCGGGGCAUGUGUAUAACAUCACCAUGGUGACGGAGGCAGGGGGACGCCAGAGUACCACCUCAACACAAAUACAGACAGGUAGGGAUUCAGUCGUGAUAUGGGAUUAAUUGGAAUGGACUCUCUUUCGAUGACAUCAGCGUCUGUAACAGUAUCGUAACAUCUAUCUGUAAGGUAGAGUCAUCAAUAUAUUUAGAAAUACACAUUAAAUUGUAGCUAUCAAAUCAUACCGCACCAAAUUCCAGGAAAGCAUGUGCUUCGGUGAUCAGCAAUUUAUUUUAAGCCUUGAGCUUCUCACACAGUCAUCAGCCCACACAAAGAAUGGUAUACUGAGUAUAUGGGAAGAAGCCAACCACUCCUCUGCUCUCUGCACCCUGUGGUUCUGAGUACAUGGGAAAGACUGAGUGUCGGGGUCUGGUAUGGACACAAGGGCCAAGCCUGCUUUCUUUCCCAACAGAGUCCCUACCCACCCAAGCCUGCUUUCUUUCCCAACAGAGUCCCUUCCCACCCAAGCCUGCUUUCUUUCCUAACAGAGUCCCUUCCCACCCAAGCCUGCUUUCUUUCCUAACAGAGUCCCUUUCCACCCAAGCCUGUGUUAGUCUUUAACUGUCCAGGUUCGGUAUACAUUUUCCACAAUAUUUUCAUCCAUCGUAAACCUCUGUCCUAGGCUGACUUUCUUUCUUUCUUUCUUUAUUAGGAUCCCUAUUACCUUUUGCAGAAGCAGCAGCUACUCUUCCUGGGGUCCACAAAAAACAUAAAACAUGACAAGUAACAAAACCCUGAUACACUGAUAGACGAGGACAGUCACACACAUUUAAAAUACAACGAUAAACAAACAAUACAACAACAACAUAAUGUGUGGAAACUGAAUUGUUUUAAGAUGGUCAUACCAAGGAUUAUUUAGCUAUUUGAUUUAGAAUUUAAGGUAUCAAAAAAUAUAUAGAAAAAUUGUUGGAUAAAACAUGGAAGUUGGCAUUACUGCUAUUAGCCAAUCGAAACACAUUGAAUAACAUAUUCACUACAUGGAACAACAGAUAGUCCCCCAAAAAAUCGAAAGGAAGUUUGUCCUGAAGUGUCUGUCCUAUAUCUGAGUGAUCAGAAAGAUCAGCAAGUUAUUAUUAUUGAGUUUUGUUUUACAUGUAUUUAUCCCCUUAUUUUAGGCACUAAACUAUCUCCAUAUAUACUUCCAUAAAUGUUUUUUAACUGGUACCGGGGACCUUCAGACGAGUCUUGUGAGCGUCCUAGAGCAAAACGGAGGACACCAUCGUGUUCGUGAGAGUCUCAUCUUUCAACAGAGUGGUCCUAAUGGGCCAAACCUGUCGGACGCUACAGAUGUUUUCGUGAGAAGACUGAUUUUCGGAAUCUCAUGGUCUGACAACACCACUUUAGCUCUGCCACCUUUCCAUAUCGGCGGAUGAGGUGGAUUGAGACGCAGCCCAUGAAACAAAAAAAAAAGCUUCAACAGACGGAUUUUGAUGGGGAUUUUUUUAUGAAGUUAUUUUAGAGUACGACGAGGGGGGCAGGAGGGAGUGCGAAGGGGUUUGUGGAAGAGGGCUUGCAUUGUACGCAAGGAUGGGGUUUGUUAUCUCUGCGAGAUCGAGAGAGAAGAGAGAGAGAGAGAGAGAGAGAGCAGAAGAGAGAGAGAGAGAGGCGAAAGAGGUCGAAAAAGAGAAGAAAAAAACAGAGAGAAACGAGAGCGAGAGAGCAAGGAGAACCGAAAAAGAGAGCGAGAGCGCAAGAGAGCCGGGAGAAAAAGGAAAAAGAAAGAGAGGGAAACAGAGGAAAGAAAAAAAAAGCGAGGAAGAAAAAGGAGAAAGAAAUCCCUCUCACCCAGAGAAAAGAAGAAAAAGCACAAUAAAAAGGCAGCGCGGGGGGAGAGAGCAGAGCGCGGGCUCUACAGCAACACGCGCUUCAGGCCCGACACCGAGCGCGGAGAGCAAGCCAGAAACGCGAGCGCGCGGCGCCAGCGCGAGAGAAGACGGAGACCGGCGCCAGCGCGAGCACGAGCGAGGCCCGAGGCCAAGAAAGAGAAAACAGAGAGCAGAGAGGGAACAUGACGAACGAAAAAAGCAGACGAGCCAAGCAAAAGAAACAAAACAGACCACAAACAACAAACAAGGCGAACGUGCCGAGAGAGCGAGAGAAGAGGAGCGCGAGCGCGCGCGCGCGCGCGAGACAGGCGCGCGCGCGCGCGGAGGAGCGCGCGAGAGGGCGGACAGAAAGAUAGAGAGAGACAUAGCUCGCCCGUAGCACGAAAAGCGAAGCAAAAGCAACAGACAGAGAGAAACCGACUACGCAGAGAGAGGGGAGCUACGAGAGGCAAGAGAGAGGAGCGGAGAGCUAGAGAGCGCGCGCGAGAGAGGAGGGGGCGAUGAGAGAGCGCCGCGCACGAGAGAAGAGAGCAGAGAGUGGGAAAGAACAAGAGAGAGAAAGAGAAAAGACUAAAGGAGGGAGCGAGAGAAAGGACGAGAGAGAAAGAAGAACAGGAAAGAACGAGAAACAAAGGAGAGAGACAAGGAUGAGCAAAUGAGGAGAGAGAGAUAGGAGAAAGAUAACCAGAGACGAGAAAGCAAUCGCGGCGAAGAGGAAAAGAAAGAGAAAAGACGCGAGCACAGAGAAAGGAAAACAUAGCGACACGAAUCACUCUCCCACAUCCCCCCUCAUCUCGCUCGCGUUGCUCUUGUCUCUCUCUCUCUCUCCUCUCUCUCAAUACCUCUAGGUCCCUCCUCCCCUCUCGCCCGACCGUAGCGCACGCGACAAGCGAAGGCUAGCACCGCAGAGCGAGCACAAGAAAAAAAACCCAAAAAACAACAAAAACCAAAGCAAAAGGAGAGCAAAAAGAGAGAGAGAGAGAGAGAGAGCUGCGAGAGCAGGAGCGCGAGGAGCGAGAGAGAGCGAGAGAAGCGAGAGAGCGAGGGCGCGAACCGAAAAAGGAGCGACGGAGAAAAAAAAAGGAGGAGAGAAUAUGGAGAGAGAGAACUGACCGAAAAGGAAAGAGAGAGAAAAACCAAAAAGGAGAGAGAAAGAAAGAGAGGAGAGCGAAUGCAGAAACGAGAAAAGAGAGAGAGAGAAUAUCCCUCUCCCCUCUCCGAGAAACCCUCCUAAUACUACCCUCCUCCUCCGCUCUCUCGCCUCCCCUCCCACCCUACUCAUCCCCCCUCUCUCUAUCUCCCUACUCUCUUCUCCAGUGCCCUCUGCCGUCUCCAACCUGAAGCUAGAGAACAAUAACAUCCAGGACAGUUUGAGGGCAUCAUGGAGUCAACCCCAGGGUGAUGUGGACUCUAUAGUUGUGACCCUGUCCUCGUCUGGAACCACCCCUCUGGAGGAGACCGUGUCAUCUGACACCACAAAGGCCCUCUUCCACCAGCUGACACCCGGACGAACCUAUCAGGUGUCUGUCACCACCAAGAGUGGAGAGCUCUCCAGCCAAUCAACUGCCUCGGCUAACACAGGUGUAUAGAAAAUAUCUUAUAAACCAGGACAAAUUCUGUGACGUGGUCAGGAAAACGUCUUGUCCCUAGUCUAGUAGGCUAACAAUUAGUGUUCUCAGAAAAGCACUGAAGCCUUUAGUUUGUUGAGAGGAGCACACUUCCUGUUGAAGAGGGCCUCUGCUAUUAAAGCCAAGGGGAUAAGGGGGGUGGGAUGGUAAUUCCCCUCAAAUGUGACUGUUUAAUUUAAACACUCUGUUAAGAGUUCAGCAAGAGCUAACUAUGUGAUUACAUUUCAUGGAUUAAUCAAGUGGAUAAGAAUUUGUCCAUUAUGUAGUUGUGUAAAGUCGUCCGCGUGCUUCCCAGCCGAAACAGUUCGGAAGAGUUUGUGCAUAUGUUAUGAUGACAUUUUGUGACGUUUUUUUGUUCGUGAGGUUUUUUUUCGGCUUUGGUGAGGGUAUUUUCGGCUGUUCGGGCAACACAACAAUUUUUCUGGAGGAAAGCCGAAGUCGAUAGCCGAAGUCUACGCCCCUUCAUUGGUGAUUGGUCAACUGUAGGGAUUCUUCAAUAAAGUCUUUGUUAUUAUUCAACGAGAGAAGACUAGUUUUCAUGCCAUUUUUUGUCAUUGAGAUGUAAAUGUCAAAAUGAAUGACAGAUUCCUUGAGUUACCUUAGAUUAAUUCAGGCUAUCUACGGUGUCUCAAAAUGGACAAACAGUACUAAGGUCUUUUAAGGGAGUAUGGAGCACACUCAUUCGGUUAGGCGCACGCCGAACUGAAGUACGCUGACGCCUUAAGGGUAUUACUUCUUACCUUUUGAUAGUUGCUAUAGAGCAGUAGAUUGCCUUACCUUAUCAGGCCUUUAUAAAUGAACAAAAUGAAAUACUCCAGACAGGGCCUUUAACUGGUCUGUCUAAUCAAUAUUUCUUCAUCUCUCCUUCCCAGUCCCAGAUAAAGUGUCCCAGCUCUCUAUGGUGGCGCUGGAUGACUCCAACUCUCUGAAGGUGACGUGGGCUCCCCCUGGUGGAGACUGGGAGAAGUACACGGUGCUGCUGUUGAAUGGGACCCAGACUCUGGAUAACAGGACCGUGGAGAAGGGGGUGGUGGAGUACACCUUCUCUGGCCUGGGACUGGUCCCUGGGAGGACCUACAGGGCUGGGGUCAGAGUGGAGAGUGCCGGGGAGCACGGCACCGUGGAGUACUGCCACAGAGGACUAGGUGAGCUACACAACAACAGAAUGGAGCAGGAGAAAGAUACGGUCGUCAGUAAGAAUGAAAAAAGAACUCUAUUUCUUCAAACCUUCUUUCUCACCUUCUCUUCUUCCCUUCCCUUCCCUUCCCUUCCUCUCUCUCUCUCUCUCUCUCUCUCUCUCUCUCUCUCUCUCUCUCUCUCUCUCUCUCUCUCUCUCUCUCUCUCUCUCUCUCUCUCUCUCUCUCUCUCUCUGUCUCUCUCUCUCUCGCUCUCUCUCUCUCUCUCUCUCUCUCUCUCUCUCGCUCUCCUCUCUCUAUCUCUCCCAGCUCCUAAGCCCGUCUCAGAGCUCCAUAUCCGCCAUGCUGACGAGACCUCCCUCAGCGCCCUGUGGAGUCACGCCCCCAACUCAGCCAGGGACGGCUACGCCGUGGAGCUUCGCCAUGCCAACGCCACGGUUGCCACGAGAGACCUGACCCGCGACAUGAGGGAGUGCACCUUCAACGUGCUCACGCCCGGACGCCUGUUCACCAUCACCGUGACAACCAAGAGCGGGGAGCUCAACAGCUCUGUCUCGGUGCUAGGGAGGACAGGUGAGAGGGUUGCUAUAGCACCUGUAUGGAUAUUUAUACACAACGCACUGAAACAGAGGAACUCAAUGAUACUGUCCCUGUGUAGCUGAGGUCAUCUCUAUGGUAAGACUUUUAUUUAUCCAAACAGAGGGACUCAAUGAUACUGUCCCUUUGUAGCUAAGAUGUUUAUCCAAACAGAAGGACUCAAUGAUACUGUCCCUUUGUAGCUAAGAUGUUUAUCCAAACAGAAGGACUCAAUGAUACUGUCCCUUUGUAGUUGAGGUCAUCUCUAUUUAUCCAAUCAGCACGUACAAAUAUGUUUUUACUUUGUUUCAGUUUUCAGGUAAAGCCUAACUCACAAAGGGCAAUAAUGAGCCUGCUGAGAUAAAAUGAGCUCUAUUUACAAAAUGGAGACUGACAGUAACUGAGCCUGUCUGUCUGCAGUCCCCAUGGAGGUGAGCCGUGUCCACCUGAGCAGCCGGGGCCACGUGGACAGCUUACAGGCAAGCUGGGAACUCCCCCCUGGAGACCUGGACUACUGCAGCCUGGAGCUCCUCCACAACAACCAGGCAGUGCAGAACCACACCGUCCCAGCCAACACCACCUCUCUCCAGCUCAGAGACCUCAGGCCUGGUGCCUCCUACAGGCUGGUGGUCAGUACUGUAAGUGGUGGGAUGGUGUCGAAACAGGCCGUGGCUGAGGGACGCACUGGUAAGUUAAAUAUUAGGAACAGUUCAUAUUUAUGCAUUUACUCAAAUGUAUCAUCCACAUUAACAUAAACUGACCGACACGUGAGCCAGGCGUUUGUUUUGGGCGUUGUCCUGUAUGUUCUUCCUGGUAGUCUUGUCCAUUACUGCUGUGUGUGUAUGUACAGUAUGUAAUAUAAUAAUAAUAUGCCAUUUAGCAGACGCUUUUAUCCAAAGCGACUUACAGUCAUGCGUGCAUACAUUUUUUGUGUAUGGGUGGUCCCGGGGAUCGAACCCACUACCUUGGCGUUACAAGCGCCGUGCUCUACCAGCUGAGCUACAGAGGACCACGGGACCACGGGACCAUAUAGUGAAGGCCAGGCAUUCUUUAUUCUAUGCUUAGAGAUGUGUUGUAUAAGAGUGGAUGCUCUGACAAUCGUAGUAGAUCAGUCAUUGUUAUGGUGAUUGUCACCAACAUUAAUUAUAAGAUACGAUCUCCGAGAGACAAACGUAAUAUUGUUUUCCAACACAAAAGAGAAUGUCUGGAAUGUUCAGGAAGCUUUUGUUUUCAACUACAAAAAACUCUCCAAGGUACCGUUCAAAGACUUCCUGUCUGACCACAAUUCUCUUCCCCAGGAAAGUUCUGGUUAUUUUGGGCCCCACCACUUCCUCCUUUUAAUUAACUCCGGGGGGGGCAAGGGUUGAUGAAAACAAACACCACUUUCAGAUAACAUUCAGACAACUUUCGGCUAACUUUCAGCUGACCGGAUUGAAACGAAGGCCACUUGAACUAAACCUUUCUCUUCUCACUAUUAUAUAUUUCAUCAAGUCAGUCGUUAACCUUUCAAAAUGUUAAAAAUUCCAAAAAUAAAUGGUGUGUUGUAGGAGCAAUGUCCGGAUGUACAAAAUGAAUGUAAGCCAAAUAACAUGAAGCCGUACUCUUUAGCUCAGCAGGCAACACAGUUUCGGGGUCGCAGGAUUUUUAACCCAGUCGACCUCACUACCCUUCAGCCCAUUCUGUCCCUUCACAGUGCCAGCUGGGGUCGGAGAGGUAACGGUCAGUAACAACGGCCGUCCGGACUUCCUGGGGGUGUCGUGGCAGCCGGCGGUCGGAGAUGUGGACAGUUACCUGGUCCUGCUGAAGGACCGCGAAAGGACUGUACACACCCUGGCGGUGUCCAAGGCCAGCCCAGAGUGUGUGUUCAACUCCCUCAAGUCAGGGAGGCUGUACACCAUCUCCAUAGCAACCCGCAGCGGCAGCUUCGAGAACAACACGGUGGUGACGGCUCGUACACGUAGGUCACACACACCGACACACACACACGCACACACACACACGCAUUCACACACACACACACACACAGACACACAGACACACACACACACACACACACACACACACACACACACACACACACGCAUUCACACACACACCAUCUCUUGGGCCCCUCAUCCUGAUCACUAUGUGUCCCUCUGCUAAUAUAGCUACAUGGAUGAAUGUGUUAAUAUUGAUCAAAUAACCUAAUUGCAGAUUGUUGUCUUGUGAUCUAGGACACAAACUGUUCAAUUGGUAGGGCACAUUUGGAGAGAAAUAUUUUGGAGAAAAUGUGUAUCUCUUAAAAUAACAACAGCGUUGUGUUUAAUGAAAAACACCCACAUCCUAUUUGACCUCUUGACCUCAUGACAUCUCCUCCACCCCUCACCCCUUACCCAGAACCCUCCAGUGUCCAGAACCCCAAUGCCAUCCACUCUGCCAGGGACGACUUCCUGAAAGUCUACUGGCGUCAUGCGGCCGGAGACUUGGACCGUUACGAGGUGGUCAUCAAGUACAACAACACGGUCCUCCAGAACCAGACCGUGGCGCGGUCGCAGAACGACUGUGUGUUCAGCUCCCUGGUCCCUGGGAGGCUCUAUACGGUCACUGUCAGCACCUGGAGCGGAGAGUACCAGUCCAGUGUGUCUACUGACGGGAGGACGUGUGAGUUUAUUACACGUUCUGUGAUGAUGUGGCUAUUGCUACGACGGUGUUGUUAGGAGGUUUAAGUGACAUGCUGUACUACUGAGUAUUCUGUGUGGAUAAGUCCAUGGAAACCAACGUACAACUUAUUUGGAAGAAUUUGUAUGUGUGAAAUCUAGAAUUUCGCACAUGGGAAUUGUAUCCUACGAUCACAAUCAGUAACAUUUUGCAGCGCAAAGCUAACCUUAAACUAGUGGGCAUCAUGGGUCAAAUUCCCUUCAGCCAAUGAAACCAUUGAGCCCUUUGGUGUUGUGUGACUAGUUAAAAUCUUUAAAUAAAGUUAUAUUUGAAUGUCUCCAUAGUCCCCUCUGCGGUCCGGAGCCUGGGCCUGGGUGACAGUGGUACAGGUGAUCUGGUGGUCACCUGGUCUCCAGCACUGGGGGACGUUGACCACUACGAGGUCCAGGUCCUCUUCAACGACACGCGGGUUUACCCGCCAGUAACCCUGGGCAACGAGGCCCGCGACCACCGCCUGACCUCGCUCACCCCGGGACGCCUGUACAAGAUCGUGGUGUCCACCUUCAGCGGACCUUACCAGAGACCGCAGUUCAUCGAGGGCAGGACAGGUCAGUCGGGACACAGAGUGGGCAACAGCCAGGGUUGAUUUUCUAAAUAACCUCACGUUGCAUUUCAUAGCAUUUCUGUCACAGAUAUUACAGGUAAAACAACAGAAUAACCUAUUGUCAUCACUUCUCCUUCUAGAACAUCAUCUAAAGAUUUUAAAAAAAAAACAUAACAUUGUUUUUCGGCGAAUCUUUCCUUUAACUUAUUUUGCUCUAAGUGCCCAUUUUUUGUUAGUGUGAUCCACAUUGUGAGUGCCACAUUCUGACCCAUCUCCACUCUCCUCCAUCCCCCCUCCCUUCCCUACUGUCUCUCUACCUUCUCUCUCAACCCCCCCCCCCCCCUCCCCCCCCAGUCCCCAGCCAGGUGAGGAACCUCCAUGCCCGGCCAGGGGACCAGGCUGCCAGCCUGAGGGUGUCCUGGACCCCUGGUGAUGGGGACGUGGACAUGUACACCGUGUCCCUAUCCCAGGGAGGACACCUUCUGGAGACCAGACCUGUCCCCAAACACGUCACUGAGCUGGACUUUCAGGGUCUGGUACCAGGACAGCUGUAUGGGGUCGAGGUUCAGUCCCUGAGUGGAACACUGGUCAACAAUUCAACGACUACCGGACGAACAGGUGAGAAGGAGGGGGGAGGGAGGGAGAGAGGCGGGUGGGGACAGCUCAGUCCCUGAAUGGAACACUGGUAAAUAACAGCACUGCUACUGGACGAAUAGGUGAGAGGGAAUGCUCAGGAUAUACCUGUAUGAUAAUAAAUAGCUUAGACUAGAGCCAUUAAGGUACACAGGGCUUUGUCUUGGAGCGUAGCGGAACAACAAUUGCCAUUGUCAUUUGCCAUCACAAUCUUCAUGGAAAAGACAAAUUCUAAAAUCAUUGGAAACUGAAUCUCUUCAGAACAAGUUCAGAGUUCAAGAGUACAGUAUAACCCAGCCAGCCGUGGGUGAUGUCUAACAGAUCCCUGAAUCUGUCCAGUCCCCUCCAGCCGUGGGUGAUGUCUAACGUCUCCCUGAAUCUGUCCAGUCCCCUCCAGCCAUGGGUGAUGUCUAACGUCUCCCUGAAUCUGUCCAGUCCCCUCCAGCCGUGGGUGAUGUCUAACGUCUCCCUGAAUCUGUCCAGUCCCUUCCAGCCGUGGGUGAUGUCUAACGUCUCCCUGAAUCUGUCCAGUCCCCUCCAGCCGUGGGUGAUGUCGAACGUCUCCCUGAAUCUGUCCAGUCCCCUCCAGCCGUGGGUGAUGUCUAACGUCUCCCUGAAUCUGUCCAGUCCCGCUCCCAGCCAUGGGUGAUGUCUAACGUCUCCCUGAAUCUGUCCAGUCCCGCUCCCAGCCAUGGGUGAUGUCUAACGUCUCCCUGAAUCUGUCCAGUCCCCUCCAGCCGUGGGUGAUGUCUAACGUCUCCCUGAAUCUGUCCAGUCCCCUCCAGCCGUGGGUGAUGUCUAACGUCUCCCUGAAUCUGUCCAGUCCCCUCCAGCCGUGGGUGAUGUCUAACGUCUCCCUGAAUCUGUCCAGUCCCCUCCAGCCGUGGGUGAUGUCUAACGUCUCCCUGUGUCUGUUCAGUCCCCUCCAGCCGUGGGUGAUGUCUAACGUCUCCCUGAAUCUGUCCAGUCCCGCUCCCAGCCAUGGGUGAUGUCUAACGUCUCCCUGAAUCUGUCCAGUCCCUUCCAGCCGUGGGUGAUGUCUAACGUCUCCCUGAAUCUGUCCAGUCCCCUCCAGCCGUGGGUGAUGUCUAACGUCUCCCUGAAUCUGUCCAGUCCCCUCCAGCCGUGGGUGAUGUCUAACGUCUCCCUGAAUCUGUCCAGUCCCCUCCAGCCGUGGGUGAUGUCUAACGUCUCCCUGUGUCUGUUCAGUCCCCUCCACAGUGACAGCACUCCAGGCAGACAGUGACCACACCACCCACAGUCUAACAGUGACCUGGGAGAACCCAGGAGGAGUGUAUGAGGGUUACAAGAUCCAGCUCCUGGAUGAUGGAGGGGUCUUAGUCUCUAAUACAUCCUUGCCCCAGGGCUCCACCAGCCACCUCUUUGACCAGCUCACCCCAGGGAAGUGGUACCGAGUUCGAGUCGAAACCAUCAGCGGAGGGGUCUACGGCAAGGAGGCCGUGGCUGAGGGACAAACACGUAAGAAGCACCACCUUUACUGUAUCAGAGACAUUCGUUAUUAGAUAUGAUCCCAAAUAUUUUACAUUUUUGUCAUUUAGCAGACGCUCUUAUUCAGAGUGAUUUACAUUAAGUGUAUUCUAGGUGAGACAACCUCAUAUCAGCUUGUGCUUAAUAAAACUGUACUAAUCCAACUAAUUAGAACAAAUUAAUGUCUAGGUCACAUUGUAGUUAGAGGUAAUAACUUACAGGUAAUAACUGAAAUAGAAAUAAAAGAGGAAAACGUUUCCUAAAGUACGAUGGAAAUAACUUUAUAAACUUCCAUAUUGAACUGUGUAACACUCUACCCUCUAGUAAGGAGAGAGGAGAGAGAGAGGAAAGAGAGAGAGAGAGAGAGAGAGAGAGAGAGAGAGGAGAGAGAGAGAGAGAGAGAGAGAGAGAGAGAGAGCGAGAGAGAGAGAGAGAGGAAGAGAGAGAGAGAGAGAGAGAGAGAGAGAGAGAGGAGAAGAGAGACGGCGAGAGAGAGAGUGAGAGAGAGGGACCAGAGAGCGAAGAGAGGAGAGAGAGAGAGAGAGCGAGAGAGAGAGAGCGAGGAGGAGAGAGAGGUGAGAGAGAGCGAGAGAGAGGGAGGGAGAGGACGAGAGAGAUAGAGCGGAGAGAGAGAGGAGAGAGAGAGAGGAGAGAGAGAGCAAAAAGAAGAGAAGAGAGACAGAAAGGAAAGAGAGAGAGAAAGAAGAGAGAGAGAGAGAGAGGGAAGGAAAGAAAGAAGAAAAGGAGAGAGAGGAGAGAGGAAGAAAGAGAAAAGACAGAGAGCGAAAGAAGAAACGAACAAAGAGAGAAAGAAGAUAGAGAGAGAACAGAGAAGAAGACAGAGGAGAAAGGAAAAGACGGAGAAAGAAAGAGAAGAAAGAUAGAAAAAACUAAAUGAAGGACUUAGCAAUAGCCAUAUCUAUUUAUCUAGAUCUCUAUCUCUACCUCCUCUCUCUUGCCUCUCUCUCCCUCCCUCUCUCUCUCUCUCUCUCUCUCUCUCUCCCUCUUUCCCUCCUUCAGGUCCAGCUGCAGUCAACGGUCUGACCGUGAUGACCACCAACACCAGUGGUCUGAGUUUCGUCUGGCGCCCUUCCGAGGGCUACGUGGACGGUUACGACCUGUUCCUGUAUAACGUUGACAAGACGUUGCGUGGCCGUCAGACCGUGGAGGCCGGGACCCAGGCGUGCUCCUUCUCUGGUCUGGUCCCAGGGACGCUGUACAAGAUGGAGGUGGUGAGCAUGAGUAGAGGCCUGAGCAGUGAUUCAUCUAUACUGGCACGGACAGGUGAGAUGGACACACACUGAAAUCCUCUGACUAACACACCUGGCUCAAAUAUUUGAGGUGCGCUUGCUUUGUAGUCCAAAAACCGUCCCAAACUCCAAGCUAAAUCAAGCUCACCUCAAAUUCAAUUUGAUUUGACGUGUAUUUCACCCAGGUCCGCUGACUACAGACUGGAAUACAGAAGUAGUGUAUGAAUACUGUGUAUUUGUAUUUGUAUUUGUAUUUGUUACGGAUCCCCAUUAGUUCCUGCCAAGGCAGCAGCUACUCUUCCUGGGGUCCAGCUAAAUUAAGGCAGUUCUACCAUUUUUUAAACAUUACAAUACAUUCAUAACAGAUUUCACAACACAUUAGGUGUGUGUCCUCAGGCCCCUACUCUACUACCACACAUCUACAACACAAAAUCCUUUACUCAAAGCCAGUGGCAUGUCGUUAGUAAAGAUUUUAAAAAAGUAAGGGGCCCUGGGUAAUUCCUGAUUCUACCUGGAUUAGGUUGGAGAGGCUUCCUUUAAAGAACACCCUCUGUGUUCUGUUAGACAGGUAACUCUUUAUCCACAAUAUAGCAGGCAGUGGUGGAAAAAGUACCCAAUUGUCAUACUUGAGUAAAAGUAAAGAUACCUUAAUAGAAAAUGACUCCAGUAAAAGUGAAAGUCACCCAGUAAAAUACCACUUGAGUAAAAGUGUCACGCCCUGGCUCUGGGGACACUGUUAGGUUGAGCCAGGGUGUGUAGAUCUAUGUUCCCUAUUUCUAUGUUGGCCUGAGUGACUCCCAAUCAGAGGCAACGAGUGUCAGCUGUUGCUGGUUGUCUCUGAUUGGGAGCCAUAUUUAAACUGUCUGUUUUUCCUUUGUUUUUUGUGGGUUCUUGUUUCAAGUUGGUUGUGUUUGACCGUGUACUGUCACGUUACCGUCUUUGUUGUUUUGAUCGCGUUUCGCUCAAUAAAAGAGUAUGUUUGCCUGCAACGCUGCGCCUUGGUCCUCACCUUUGGUAGACGAUCGUGACAGAAGAACCCACCAAAACUGGACCAAGCAGCGUGAAGAGGAGAGAGGAAGGACCUGGGAUCAGUGGAGUAGGAGUCUCGACUGGGCCCAGCUAAGUGAAGAGAAGAGAGGCUGGUCUAUGGAGCAAUGGAUUAAGAGUCUCGACUGGGCCAAGCCAAGUGAAGAGCAGAGAGGUUGGACUUUGAAGCAGUGGGGUGAGAGUCUGGCGAGAACUAGGGAGGCCUGGUCCACGGGGAGGAGAGAACCCCAGAAAAUUUUUAGGGGGGGGCUCACGACGUGGACGACGGGGCAGCAGGAGGCCGCGAUGGAGCGGUCCAGCGGGUGUGCUGAGGAGGCCGCCAGGUUAAGGGGGCCACUGGUCACAGAGGAGAGGGAAAGUGUGGAGGCACGGCGAGAGGUACUGGGGUGUGUUACCAGUCCGGUCCGGCCCGUUCCUGAUCCCUGCGUAGGGCCAGUGGUGUGUGUCCCCAGUACGGUCCGGCCUGUUCCUGUUCCUCGCAUCGAACCUGUGGUGCGUGUCGUCAGCCCGACCCGGCCUGUUCCUGCUCCCCGCACCGAGCCUAUGUUGCGCGUCGCCAGCCUGGCCCGGCCUGUUCCUGCUCCCCGCACCAAGCCUAUGGUGCGCGUCGCCAGCCCGGCCCGGCCUGUUCCUGCUCCCCGCACCAAACCUAUGGUGCGCGUCGCCAGCCCGGUCCGGCCUGUUCCUGCUCCCCGCACCAAGCCGAUGGUGCGCAUCGCCAGCCCAGCCCGGCCUGUUCCUGCUCCCCGCACCAAACCUAUGGUGCGCGUCGCCAGCCCGGUCCGGCCUGUUCCUGCUCCCCGCACCAAGUCUGUGGUGCGUUUCGUCAGCCCUGUCCGGCCCGUUCCUGCUCUCCGCACCAAGUCUGUGGUGCGCGUCGCCAGCCCAGUCCGGCCCAUUCCUGCUCCCCGCACCAAGUCUGUGGUGCGCGUCGCCAGCCCAGUCCGGCCCAUUCCUGCUCCCCGCACCAAGUCUAUGGUGCGUUUCGUCAGCCCGGCUCGGCCCGUUCCUCCUCCACGCACCAAGCCAGGGGUGCGCAUCGUCAGCCCGGUCCGGUCCAUUCCUGCUCCACGCACCAAGCCAGGGGUGCGUAUCGUCAGCCCGGUCCGGCCAGUUGCUACUCCACGCACCAAGCCAGGGGUGCGCAUCGUCAGCCCGGUCCGGUCCAUUCCUGCUCCACGCACCAAGCCAGGGGUGUGUAUCGUCAGCCCGGUCCGGCCAGUUGCUACUCCACGCACCAAGCCAGGGGUGCGCAUCGUCAGCCCGGUCCGGUCCGUUCCUGUUCCACGCACCAGGCCAGGGGUGCGUGUCGUCAGUCCGGCUCCGGCCAGCGGGGCCAGACCGGACCAGGGGUACUUUGGGGGGUUGGAGAGGGAGUGGGGAUCGGGCCCAGAGCCGGAUCCGCCGCCAAGGCGGAGUGCCCACCCGGUCCCUCCCCUUUGGUAUUUAGUUGGCGCGGUCGGAGUCCGCGCCUUUAGGGGGGGGUACUGUCACGCCCUGGCUCUGGGGACACUGUUAGGUUGAGCCAGGGUGUGUAGAUCUAUGUUCCCUAUUUCUAUGUUGGCCUGAGUGACUCCCAAUCAGAGGCAACGAGUGUCAGCUGUUUGCUGGUUGUCUCUGAUUGGGAGCCAUAUUUAAACUGUCGGUUUUUCCUUUGUUUUUUGUGGGUUCUUGUUUCAAGUUGGUUGUGUUUGACCGUGUACUGUCACGUUACCGUCUUUGUUGUUUUGAUCGCGUUUCGCUCAAUAAAAGAGUAUGUUUGCCUGCAACGCUGCGCCUUGGUCCUCAUCUUUGGUAGACGAUCGUGACAAAAAGUCUAAAAGUAUUUGGUUUUAAAUAUACUUAAGUAUCAAAAGUAAAAUUAAAAGUAUAAAUCAUUUCAAAUUCCUUAAUUUCAAACCAGACGGCAUAAUCUUUUUAUUUUAUUUUUUAUUUACGGAUAACCAGGGGCAUACUCCAACACUCAGACGUCUUUACAAACGAAGCAUGUGUUUAGUGAGUCUGCCAGAUCAGGGGCAGUAGGGAUGACCAGGGAUGUUCUCUUUAUAAGUGUUUGAAUUAGGCAAUAUCCCUGUCCUGCUAAGCAUUCAAAAUGUAACGAGUACUUUUGGGUGUCAGGGAAAAUGUAUGGAGUAAAAAGUACAUUAUUUUCUAUAGGAAUGUAGUGAAGUAAAAUAUCAAUAGUAAAGUACAGAUACCCCAGAAAACUACUUAAGUAGUACUUUCAAGUAUUCUUACUUAAGUACAUUACACCACUGAUAGCAGGGGAUGUAAAGCCAUAACACUUAUGUUUUUACAGCAGCAGACUAUGAUCGAUAAUGUCAAAAGCAGCACUGAAAACAGCCCCCACAAUCUUGUUAUCAUCAAUUUCUCUCAGCUACUCAUCAGUCAUUUGUGUAAGUGCUGUGCUUAUUGAAUGUCCUUCCCUAUAAGCAUGCUGAAAGUCUGUUGUCAAUCUGUUCACUGUAAAAUAGCAUUGUAUAUAAAUAGAUAUUUAGUGACUUUAUUAUCAAUUCAAUCUAUAAUGUGUCAAACAAUACCUGUUUCUUUUGAUUGACAUGUGACAUAGUCAUUUCGUAGGCAUGCAUCAUAUAGUGUAUGUGUACGGUGCUGAAAUUCAUUCUGAACGUAGGAAUUUUAGGGAUCACAUUUUCUUCAUGACUCCACGUCGACCUCAGAAAAACACCACAUUCAUCCAACUGAAUGUUGAAAGCUAAUUGCCGUACAUUUCUUAUUGCCGAGGCUGUAAUUUUCCAAAAAGUCUGCUACAACUUCUGAUGAACUUAUAAAGUCAUUCUAAAAAAAACAGAAGUGACAGAUAGGGUGACACCCACUGCAUCUGAAGUGGUGCUUCUGUCCGUCGAUGACAAUCUCUCUUUCACAACGCCGCUGUCAUUAUCACAAUCUUAAACGCAAAUGACCGUAACGCCACUGGUGCAUUUCCACUGAGCCUGUGUUUUAUGUUAAUGUGUCUCUGGCGUUAUUGUGACACUAAAGACUUGGGUGGGUGAGCAGAAUCAACAACCUCUUGUAUCAUCAAGACAGUUUUGCUUUGUGAGAAGAAGGUGUUAAAGUCCACAGUCAGCCAUUGUUAUGUACCAGCUGAAAAGUGCCAGUGGCCUGGCUUUGGCCCCAAGAGAGAGCAGGUCAACCGGAGCCAUGGCCCAGUGAGACACUGGGUGUCGGGCACUGCUGGUCCGUGUAGAUAGAAACAGAAAAGUCUGAGUCUUUUGGGUAAAACACCGGGGUAAAUCCUCGGUGGAAACUCGCCACUAGUCAAUUGGUUGUAUUUGUUUAUUUCUUAUUGCAGAGAUGAUGUGUGGUAGCACUUAAUUGGGCCUGAUGGAGACUGUUAAAACUCUGAUGUGAAUGUUAAGAUACGGCUCAGCAGAAGUGAUUCAUUUAUCAAUGUAAUGUGUUGAUGGAUGUUAUACAAGCAGCUUAUGGUCUUUGAGGUGUGAGACAGUCUGGGGAAAUCAGUGAUUUAAUGUCAUUAAGUUCCCUGCUUGGUUAUCUUUUUGUUUUGUCAACAAUGUGAAUGUCAAAAUGACUUUUCUCCCAAUGGCCUUUCUAUGUGAAUGACUGUGAUUUUUACACCACACCUUGUCUAACAUCUGAGCUCACUUCCUAUCAUUUGAACUUCCUGCAUCUCGGUAACCCAGAACUAAAAACUCACGUAAUUUGGUCAGAUGCCAUUUAUGUCACGUAGUCUAUCCAUGAGAGAUUAGAACUUCGUUGCUCUGACGGACAUUUGAGUCACUAAAACAUUAUGAAGAACGUCUCUCAUUAGAUGAGAUGUUGGAUGUCCAUUAUCCAAUUCCAGAUGGAUAUCUAAAUGCAAGAUACAUUGUCCUGUUCAUAAUCUCUGCCUUUCCUCUUGAUAAUAAAAUAGAACAUGAACUAACUCUAUCGUCCUGUUCUCUCUCUUCUGCCCCGUCCCCUUAACCAUCCCCCCCCCUAACCCCUGGGUUCUCCUUCUUCGUCCCCCAUCCCUUAACCCCCCCCCCCCCCAAACCCUGUUCUCUUCAUGUCUCCCCCUCCCCUAACCAUCCCCUCCAAAACCCCUGUUCUCUCUCUUAUCCCCCGCCCCUAACCAUCCCCCAAAACACUGUGCUCUCUCUUCUCCCCCAUCCCCUAACCCAUCCCCCCAAACCCCUGUUCGCUCUCUUCUCCCCCAUCCCCUUCUUAAACCCCCCCCCCCAAACCCCUGUUCUCUCUCUCUCCACAUCCCUUUAACCAUCCCCCCAACCCCCUGUUCUCUCUCUUCUCCCCCGUCCCCUUAACCAUCCCCCCAAACCCCCGUUCUCUCUCUUCUCCCCCAUCCCCUUAACCAUCCCCCCAAACCCUGUUCUCUCUCUUCUCCCCCAUCCCCUUAACCCCCCCCCCCCAAACCCCUGUUCUCUCUCUUCUCCACCAUCCCCUUAACCAUCCCCCCCCCAGUCCCAGCCCCAGUGCGCUCCCUCCACGUCCAGGGUGGUGAGCGUACUGACCGUCUCUCCGUCAGCUGGCUGCCUGGUGCAGGGGAGUGGAGCAGGUACCAAGUGGUCCUCUACAGUGGCCUGGAGGGCUCAACCACCACUCUGGCAGCCCAGGAGCUGGGCAUGGAGCAGAGAGAACACCUGUUCCAGGGACUGGUACCUGGCCGUCUGUACCGGGCUGAGGUGGUCACGCACAGCGGAGAGCUGACUAAUGCUGCGUGUGCGAAGGGAAGGACUGGUCAGUGCACUACCCCUCUCUCUCUCUAUCUGAAACUCAUAUCAAUGUCUGAUGCCAGGGAUGAUAGCUGUUAUAUCAUGUGUCCAUUCCAAUUGAACAACUGUUCUGACUUGUACAACCUUGGUUAGAAAAUACUCUACACCAUGGGUCAAUGCAUCCAGAGUUCACAUGAUAGAAACAAUUUACACACAAAAUAAGUUCGACUGAUUCAAAAUACUGUAAGUUCAACUAUUUUGUGUGUUCUCCUCUCCCUUUAUCAAUCACAGUUUGUGUUGCUUGUAGUAAAGCCUGUAUCGGUCUGUGUUUUGUGUUGCUUGUAGUAAAGCCUGUAUCGGUCUGUGUUUUGUGUUGCUUGUAGUAAAGCCUGUAUCGGUCUGUGUUUUGUGUUGCUUGUAGUAAAGCCUGUAUCGGUCUGUGUUUUGUGUUGCUUGUAGUAAAGCCUGUAUCGGUCUGUGUUUUGUGUUGCUUGUAGUAAAGCCUGUAUCGGUCUGUGUUUUGUGUUGCUUGUAGUAAAGCCUGUAUCGGUCUGUGUUUUGUGUUGCUUGUAGUAAAGCCUGUAUCGGUCUGUGUUUUGUGUUGCUUGUAGUAAAGCCUGUAUCGGUCUGUGUUUUGUGUUGCUUGUAGUAAAGCCUGUAUCGGUCUGUGUUUUGUGUUGCUUGUAGUAAAGCCUGUAUCUGUCUGUGUUUUGUGUUGCUUGUAUUAAAGCCUGUAUCGAUCUGUGUUUUGUGUUGCUUGUAGUAAAGCCUGUAUCGGUCUGUGUUUUGUGUUGCUUGUAGUAAAGCCUGUAUCGGUCUGUGUUUUGUGUUGCUUGUAGUAAAGCCUGUAUCGGUCUGUGUUUUGUGUUGCUUGUAGUAAAGCCUGUAUCGGUCUGUGUUUUGUGUUGCUUGUAGUAAAGCCUGUAUCGGUCUGUGUUUUGUGUUGCUUGUAGUAAAGCCUUUAUCGGUCUGUGUUUUGUGUUGCUUGUAGUAAAGCCUGCAUCGGUCUGUGUUUUGUGUUGCUUGUAGUAAAGCCUGUAUCGGUCUGUGUUUUGUGUUGCUUGUAGUAAAGCCUGUAUCGGUCUGUGUUUUGUGUUGCUUGUAGUAAAGCCUGUAUCGGUCUGUGUUUUCCCCCUCAGCCCCAGAGCCUCCCUCCAUGGUGUCUUUCAGAGACGUCAGUGGUAACAGCUCUGUAGAACUGACCUGGGAUGGUCCCACCUCUGGUGACUACGACACCUUCGACCUCCAAUGGGCGCCCAGAGAUUCCCUGUCAAUCACAGCGCUUCAGCCAACCAGCCGCAUCCUGGAUGGGAUGUUCCCGGGACGACUGUACAACUUCACCAUCCGCACUGUCAGCGGGGGAGGAGCCAAGGGCGGGCCUAUCGCCAACAGCCUGCCAAUCCAGAGGAGCCUCAGAACAAGUAGGUGGAGCUUAUGA